UUCACGUCGCUCACUCCUCAGCGCGUCUCUGAUUGGCUCGUCCAUCCCGUCGUCACUCCACAGGGGGGGAGCAGAGGGGAGGGAAGGGGGGCGACAGAGGCAGGCGGAUAUGGAGCUCUCAGAUUGGCAGAGGCCGCGCAGAGCUCCAGGUACGGUUCCCCAGUGAAAGAGAGCCGGGCUGGCAGAGAGGCGGCGGCGGCGGCAGCGCAGGAGAGUGACGCACCCUUUCUGCGGAUGACUGCGCGCAGGUUGCACGCGCUGAGAACUCCCGGAAGCAGCAGGAAAGUGUCAGUGGAGGUGACGGUGACCGCUUUGAACUUUUUCUCAGAAGCAGCAGCAGAAACUGAGCGGCAGUGUGGAAACCUCCCACACGACAGUUUCACUUGAAUUUCAACCCACUUCUUUUUUUUUUUUUUUUUUGUGUGCGUCGUUUGUCUCAGUGAGGCGUUCAGAGCCCUCAGGUGAUCUCAGAUGUAGGUACGCUCUGACCCACUUUAAGAUUUGGCACAGCUCCACGAAAUUUGAACUGGAUGUACCUGAGGGACACGUUCACAGUCGCGAGGAAAAGACUUCCCUGAUGGUCUUGGAAACGCCUUAACAGGAGACAGCUUGGGACUUUGGAUCUUUUUAGUCGGCCUUCCAACUCAUGACAAGCCAACCUCCAACCUGCCGAAGAACACAGCUGUGAACGCCGACACGAUCUUUGGGCUCUAUUGCCUGUUGUCAAAGUCUCCAUCUUUUUCAAGUCUUCUCUGACGCCAUGUACAGCACAAAUUCUAACGUCAAUGUGUGCCACUAUACCGAAUCUGUGGAAUUUUUUUACAAUAAUAGCAAUAAGACGAUUUCUCGAUACUGGCGCAAACGGGACUAUGCGGUCGUCUCUUUGGGACUGCUUGUUUGCUUCAUAGUUAUCUUUUCAAACCUUUUGGUCAUAUUGGCUAUUUUCAAAAACCGACGCUUUCACUUUCCCAUCUACUACCUGCUGGGUAAUCUGGCUGUUUCAGACUUGUUCUCAGGCAUUGCCUACCUGCACUUGAUGUUUCACACUGGCCCUUGGACCAUAAAGCUAAAUCAGUACCAGUGGUUUGUUCGCCAGGGGCUAAUCGACACCAGCCUCACGGCCUCCGUCCUCAAUCUUCUUGCUGUUGCCAUGGAGCGACACCAGACCAUCUUCAACAUGCAGCUGCACAGCAAGAUGAGCAAGCGGCGGGUUUUCAUCAUCAUAUUUUGCAUCUGGAUGGUGUCGAUUAUUAUGGGCCUUUUCCCCACCAUGGGAUGGAACUGUCUGUGUGACCUGAAGAAGUGCUCCACUAUGGCGCCGCUCUACAGUCGCAGUUUCCUGGUGUUCUGGGCGCUUAUCAACUUGAUCACUUUCUCCAUAAUGGUGGCCAUCUACACCCGGAUCUUCUUUUAUGUGAGGCACAAGAGCAGGCAGAUGUCUGAGCACACAACCCAGACCAGACACAAAGAGACUGUUCUCGGCUUGAUGAAGACCGUUUCAAUGAUCCUAGGCCUCUUUGUGCUCUGCUGGACCCCGGGCCUCGUUCUGCUGAUGCUUGACGGUCUCAAUUGUGAAGCGUGCACCGUGCUGCUCUACGAGAAGUACUUCCUGGUGCUGGCCGAGUGCAAUUCUUUCGUCAACCCCAUCGUCUACUGUUUCCGGGACAAAGACAUGAGGAAAACCUUCAAGGAGCUGCUGUGCUGCUUGUGUUACCGGGGCCAGCGCCCGUCUGAUAAUGACUUUACCACUCUUGAGAGGUUGGUGCAAAGUGUUAGCUUGAGGCAAACUCUUAAUUCCUGUUUUUUUUUUUUCUUUUCUUUUUAAUGCUUAAUCAAAUAGCUGGUGUGAGAGUGCUGGAUUUGGUCUUCCUCUGGUCACGUUAGUUCACUUGGACAUAACAAAUCAGUGGUCCCCAACCUUUUUAUCACCGUGGACCGGUCGGUCAAGUCCUGUCUACUUUACUGCGGCCGGGAAGUGGAUCGUCAGAUAAGACUUCUGCUAAAGCCUCGUUCACAUGGCACAAUGUAAAAUUUUUCGCCCUAACCAGGAGCGAGAACGCAACCUGUUGAAUGUAACAGGUAGCCAAUCAGAAAACGCGGUGACGAUGGCGAGAGGGGAAUCCCAAAUAGUUGACAUGGCAACCAAGAGUCCGGUGGACAUCGGAGAUUAAAUGGAAACUAUCAUGUGCUUCAUAAACAAGGAUGUUAAAACUGUUGGCUAGAAGAAAAAAACAUGAUUCACCUCCAAAUCAUAGUUCUUUGUGUUUCGCUUAAAAUGAUCCACAAACUGUCACUACUGCUUCUACAUCGUCAUCGUGUUUGAUUAUUCUAAAUUUACGUUUGGGAUGUUGGGGUUUUACUGGAUUUUCUUCUGGAAUCGGGAUGUUCGUGACUGGAAUCGGUUCUUGUGCUGUGUUGAACCUGUUGAACUUUUAUCGGCUCGGUUUGUGUUUAGUCAGAGGUUUGGAAAAUUGGCCGACAACCCUUAAAUCGCGCCGUGUGAACCAGACCUAAAACUCACAAGCUCUGUGCUAACGCUCUCUGACUGCUUGCUAUGGAAACUUUUACACAUCCCUUCAAAAUAAGAUACAGACAGAUGCGCCACAAAAACAAACAUUUUACUUUCGUGACAAUUUUAACUGAGGAUAACGACUAAUGGAGCCCUGAGCUUGUUUCUCCCAUCUGGGAGUGAUGAGAGACAAUGACGCCAGAAGUGCUGCUUAUGCACAGCCUGUUUGGUCUCUACGUGGCGAAGCAGUUUGAAGCUUCAUCGCCUCAUUAACGAGUCGGUCACCGUGUCAUGCAGAGCAGCUUGCACUGUAGGAAUCAUCUACCGGAGAAAAGAAACUUUCCAAAGAAUCUGAUCUGUUUCUGACUCGUGGCUCAGUGUUGGCGGCAAGACGUAACCGAGAGAAUCCGGUUAAAGGAUUUUCAAAAUAAAAGAUCCUCCAGUCUCAAAUAAUGCAUAAAACGGAAAUAUUUAAUCAUUUCUUGUGCGGCCAAGUAUCAAUUGGUCCACGGACCGGUACCGGUCCGCAGCCCGGGGGUUGGGGACCGCUGUGCUAUAUCACAAGAAAUGGUUUUUGUGUGGAGUCAUAAAAUAUUGCAAAAAUGAUGUUUCAGUCACAAAUUGCAUAAAGCAGUUUUGACAGUGGGAACAUUAACCCUCCCAUGAGAAGGAGAAGGGAGUUUCUGUUCUUUGUAAGCAAACAAAGAAACAGCCUGAAGGCUUUUCAGUUUUAACAGUUUUAUGUCACCUUGCCUGCAGCCUCAUUGUUGUGGUCUGUUCAUCUGCUCUGUGCACAACCCGGUCCACUUGCCUUGGCUCCAUUUCGUUUGCUUGGUUUGCGAAGCGUCCGAGCCCAUCGGCCUUUCUGUAAAGUGUGUGUCGAGUUCUUGCAUCUUGAAUAAGCCUAACUUGACUUUUGUCGAUGCUGAUAUAAUGAGCAGAAGAGCAUGAACCAGUGACAAACUGCAUGGCUUAACAGGAAAACAAUGAUGCAUCAUCUGCUGAACAAUUGAUAUGCAUCAGAAGGUAAAACAGGUUUCUCUCUGGAAGCUUGUCACAGCGUUUCCGCAUCCUGACUUCAUUUAAUAUGCCUCAUUAAUAGUUGAAAGUAAGGUGUACCAAUUUUUUUUAAGGCCGAUUUAGUAACGGCUUUCAGAUUUUCAGGCAUUCAUGUUUCUUUUUUUAAAAUUACCAGAAUAUAAGCAAAGAUUUGCAUACAUUUGUAAUGGAAACGCAGCUAUAUUGAUUUUCCUGGAACUUACUUUGUACGUAGAAUGUCCCCUACCCAUAUUUCCAUCACAGCUGCAGGCACGCUUUCUGUAUCCUGCCUGCAUGUUGGAGUUUGAUGCUCCAGGAUUUUUUACCAUGUCUGUGAUCAUCUGUGCAUCCGGUGCUUUCUACUGUAGGCAUUCAGCUACUCUGCGAGUCCCGACUGGCCUCAGUAUUUCACUGUCAGGAUUAGUCAUAGGUCCUCGUAGUAAUAUUUCCAUCCACAUCUCUUCCAGUUCACGUCGACUUAAUUCAAUAAACAUGUUUUGUUGCGGCAGAAAACGUCUGGAGAGACUUUGAUUAGACCUUUUAAGGGCUUUACUGUCUUGUUCUUAAACCAAGCCUCCUUUUUAUUGUAUUUUAUUUGCUGAACUCACCCAAAUUCCUGGAAGCAUUCCGCUGCCUCAUGCUAAUGUCACUUAGUGGAUCGUCACCACAACAUUUCUGCCUCAUCAGUGCAGUGUUUAUGUGUGUGUGUCUCUGUGUGUGUUCUUUUGUUGAAGCGUUUUAACUUGAUCCAGAUGUUUACGGGGUUUUAUACCAGAUCACGCUUCUUGCCACACAUCCUCUGACUUGUUACUCCGGCAUGUGCGUUGUAAACAUGCCCUCACGCAACACGAGCAGGAAAAUGCCGUCGCACGCAUCUGGUCCGCGUCCACAUCGACGUGUUGACCCGAGGGCGCCAGGAGAAUGAUUUCUGUGUUAUUGUUUUUUGUUGUUCAAUGUCCAGAUGGCUGGACAAAGACCGAUGUCUCCCGUCCUCCGUUCUACUUUUGUUGGCAAGAUCUUCACUCCCUCGUGCAAUUUAAAGAAAACUGUCAUUCAUUCGUGACAACCACAUGUUUGUAAAACAUUGCUUUACUUCAGUUAAGUCAUUAACACACAGAUACUUUUUUAUAUAGAUAUAUUAGUGAUGGUGUUGGGAUUUCAUUUUAUAUUCAUAUUAUUUUUGUAAAAACAUUACAACUAUUGAAAAUAAAUAUCCAACAUGGCUACAUGUGUAUUUUUAUUUUAUUGUCCACCUGCUUUGUUCGGUUAGGACUUCUUUUGUUACAUAUGUCAAUAUCUCACACUGAAGUCGUGCAGCUGAUAGAAAAAGUUUUUUCCUUUCAUUUUAAGAUGGUUCACAUGUUCGUUGUGAGUCAUGGUAGUGGCAGCAUCAUGCAGACGCUACAUUUGAACCUCUAGAUUAAAUUAUAGCCAUGCUUUUAAAAUGGCCCAGUCCAAGUCCAGGCCCACAGCGUUGUUGAGAGUCUGCGGCGAAACCUUUGAGUUUGUUUCAAAGAUGCUCUCCUUCCCCUCUGACUGAGUUUGACAGGUUUUGUGAAAAAAAGAUUUACCAAAUUUCUUUUGGUGGAAAUCCCGCCUCCAAAAAUCACAAGUUUUAGCUGCAAGCGCAGCAGCAGGUGAUUCAGCAGGGAGGGCGAAGUGUUGAAUUCAAACACAUGACUAUGUUUUGAAGUUUUUAUUGGGAAAGAAAAUGAAAACAAAUUCCAUUUUGCUUUCCUUCCACGUCGCAGUUUGGGCUUACGUUGGUCUGUCGCAUAAAAUCGGCAAGAAUUGAACCAAAACGCCUGGUUGAUAAAUUUGAACGUUUGAAUGUUUUUCUUUUUUUAUUCUUUUUUCUUUGUAAUGACAUGCUGCUGCAGCAAACAAACACAGAAUAACUUCAUCAUCUAAUAAGACACACUGAGGACUUUAAAAUGUCUAAUCUCUCAUUGAGUCCAUGUCUUAACUGUUUUGGGUUUUGUUCUUGUUUCAGUGAAAUUUGGUUGUCAAUCCAGAUGCGGUUGGAUUAGUUCUAAUAUGUAUGAUUAGUAUAAUUACAGUCCAGAUUUUUAAAAAAUCAACCAUUUAAUUUAGUUUUGGAUCAUAAAUAGUGAUAACUGCCAUUAACUAAAAGAUUGUUUAAUUUUUUGCUCUUUGGCGCCCCCUUGUGACACCUGAACAGACUGUAUUUAAAAAAAAAACGCCUCUCUCCAGCAGUUGUGUUGUUUUAUGUUUGGUUGGGGUUUUUUUUCUCUUCUUGGGUUCUGGGCCUCUUUUUGCUGGUUUGGACUUGACUAACUCCCUCUCCAUUGUUUUUCUUUCUUUUUCUCGCCAUUCCACUUCCACUCACCCUUCUGCAAACAACCUCUUAUUUCUCCUCUCCGGUCCUCCUCCUCCUCCUCCUUUCCCCGUCUUACCUCUACUUUCGCCUCUCCUGCUGU